AAGCUAACCGCCAAAAACAAGAACCAGAAGAAGAGAGCCUCACACCUUUGCAAUAGUUUGCUUAACUUUAGAAUUAGUUUAUAUCGGUAGCAUUAGCAUCUUCAUUAAGUGCCGUUAUAACCGGUGGAGAGUUGGAGUUUUUAGUUUUUACAACUUUGCCAGCCAAAGUUAAAUCCCACCGAAGCUAAUGCUAAAACUACAGCUGCAUAUAAGAUUAUGAUGAGGUACGUGAGCGCAGCUAGCUGCUAAUUAGCGCUAAACGUUAGCUGCUAGCUUGCUAGCUUUCCAGGAUCAGCAAGAAGAAAACGCAUCUGAGGGUCACGUGCGGACCUGACUAAACAUCCACUGACUGGUGUGAGGAACCAGAGGGAAACUCUACACGUGGUUAAUGGACACUUCCGGCUUCAUCCAGGAUGCAACAGAGGAGAAGGCAAAGGUCUGCUUGGUAAAUAUGACUGGAACAGAUAAUGUAGCCCACUGGGUAAUGAGACAGGAAGGGAGCCCUCGGAGCAACAUGUAAUGAAGCAUUGUUCAUGCUUUAAUGGCCAAAGUUGUUCCUCCCAUCCCGUCCAGUGUUACAUUGCUUCUGUCCUCCCUGCUGCCCCGUGGCUUUGCUGUGGGCCCUUCACAGCUCUAUGAGGGCAGACUGGGAUUGUGGUGGGUCGGCCAUGCGAUGGAGGCUGGAGCUUUGCUGGGGAGGGAGGACGACUCACAAUGGGCCUGGAAGUUUCACAGUGACUUGAUGACUCAAAACCGAGAAAGUGAAUUCACAGAAAAAGCUAGAAUAGAUGAGACCAACAGCACAAACGCAGAAAAGGCGAGGCUGGAGAGAGGCGCAAAUAAAGACGUUCUACUUCAAAAGGCUCUUUGGAUCAACUUUGCUUGUCAAGCACGAAGCAGAACCCAGCAGAAUGUGGCAGUGCAGUGCACGUGUAGUGAGGUGUGUAUGGGUGAGUGUGUGAAUGCAUGUCUGAGGUUGUGUCGAGACGUCCAGCCAGGAACAGAGCUGCUGCUGCUUGACGAAACGGGGGGUAAAAAUCUGAAUCCUGACGUUCCCCGCUCAGAGGACAGCUCCACUGCACUGCGCACAGAUGAGAAGCAGAAAGAUCCAGAGGUUAUUGCCAACAUACCGAUCAGUCAAGGAACAAAAGGGAACCGGAGACCAGAGACAAACCAGAAGGACGAAGAGCAGGAGCAACCACUGCAAAACCCCCACACAGGCAGCAGGAAGAGUUGCUCCACCGCACCGAGGAAGAGGAGGAAAGUCAGGAGAACCAUGUGUGAGCCAAGUCCCAACAGUGACAGACGACAGGAAGACUGCGCUGACAGUCGCACCGUGAAGAAUAAUGUGACAGCGGUGAGGCACAGAGGCGGUGAAGGCUGGGACCCGGCAGCUGUGGACAGAUGCUCUCACUCUAGUGCUACAGACAAACAAACAGACUCCCACAUCCCCUCUGGGGCCACUACAGCGCGGUGUAGCACUCGCCUAGCGGCUAAACCACGAAGGGUUCACAGUGUGAGCAGCAGGGUAAAACGACCACACGGCCGCCCUGACCCACCCGCACAAACAACAGAACCGGUCCUGGACCCCCCCGGGAGCCCAAAACCUGUCCUCCAAAGCGUGGCUUGUGUGAACGCAUCCCAGCCUCAGGCCGAGUCUGUCACCGCAGCGUGUGCCGCAGCUGCUCUUACCUGGUGUCCAGAGACCCGGGAGAGGCGCUACAGAUGUUCCAGUUGUGGCAAGAGGUUCUACCAGCUCAGUCACUUGAAAAAACACCACUUUAUCCACACGCACACGAAGCCCUUCACCUGUGAUGAGUGCGGGAAGCAUUACACCUCUGUAGAAAGCUUCCGGGCUCAUCAGAUGAGCCACCGUGGGGAGCGGCCCUUCUCCUGUCCUCACUGUGAGAAGAGCUACGGGCUGAAGCGGGACCUGAGGGAGCACAUGGUCCUGCACACUGGAGAAAGGCCUUACCCCUGUGAGCUCUGUGGCAAGGCUUUUGCCCGGCGACCAUCACUACGCAUCCACAGGCUCCUUCACUGCAGCAGGAAAGUCUACACGCAGCCCCCAAAGGUUCAGUGCUCAGUCUGCGCCAAGCUGCUGGCGAACUCGGGUUCUCUGAGGAACCACAUGAAGCUGCACACGGGUGAAAAACCGCAUAUCUGUCAGCACUGUGGCAAGCGUUUCAGUCAGAAAGGGAACCUCGAGUGCCAUUUGAGAAUCCACAAUAAAGAGAAACCAUAUCGUUGCGACGAGUGCAAUCAGAGCUUCGCCCAGAAGCCGGAACUGCGCCGCCACAUGUUCUCCCACACCGGAGGGGGGUUCCUCUGCAGUUACUGUGGCAGGUCGCUGAGGGACCCACAUAGCCUCAAGUCCCAUGAACGGCUACACACUGGAGAAAGGCCGCAUUGCUGUCCUGUCUGUGGAAAAGGUUACACUUUGGCCACUAAGCUGAGGAGACACGUUAAAUCUGCUCACCUGAAGGAGAAGCCGUACGUCUGCCACUGUGGCGCUGCCUACACUGUGAGGCAGAGUCUGUUGAGACACCAGUCUCAGCACAGGACAGAGGGAGGUGGUCAAAACCAGGUAGAGGAGGGGCAGCAAGGGGACGUGAACAGCAGCCAGGAGGAGGUCGUGCACGGGCCUGCGACUGGAAGCUCCAGUCAUCCAAAGCCAAUCAGAGGCAGACCCAAGAAGAAGAAUGCUGGAGAAAAGGAAGGUGAAGCAAAGCAGGGCAGGAGGACGGGAAAAGCAGAGAAGCAGGCGAGGUGGGCAGGAAGUGAGGUUCGAGGCCAUGAGACGACAGGAGGACAAGAUGGAGACGCCCCAGGCAGUGUCCAGCACACGGUGGUGUACGUCACAGACAAUCUGUCCACGCGUGUCUCUACCCCUCUGCUCCUCGCCUCAGACAGCUCACUCACAGGAGCCGGGCAGGAGCUGGUGGAGGUGGUGAUAUCGGAGGGCUCAGAGCAGUGCAUCGUGGUCCGUGGACAGCAGACGGUGGGAGAGCUGCUGGUGUUGGAGGAGGAGGAGAGCGGACUCUGCUCUGUGGCUCAGACGGUGGAGAUAGACUCUGUGUAGACCCAAACCUCCGGUUUACCUACGUAGCCCAAAGUCAGUGAGUCCAGAAGCAACUUGGCCAAAUGUUCUCUACAUAGUAAAUAAAAGUGCUGUCCCGCAUCAGA